AUGUCUCCAUCCAUUUUCCCGUCUUAUCUCGUGCCUUCUCUACCAUUUCGACUUCGUAAAUCAAGCACUGAUUCCAACAUCUCCACCUCAAGUACCGCUACGAAUGACAGCACAAGCUCCGACAACUAUCUAGAAGGCAACAAAUCCCACCUACGAUGUUCGCGUUGUCUAGCCGAUCUAGCAUUAACAAGCCAAAUCGUAUCUAAGGGCUUCACCGGCCGUCAUGGACGCGCAUACCUCGUCUCUGCUUCCGAUAGCUGGGUUCAAGCUGCUCCUAACUCAAGCUCCAAAGACGCUCUGCCGAACCUUCCAAAUAUCUUCACGCACAAGCCUGCGCGAAGACAGCUUGUCACUGGUGCUCACACUGUCAGCGAUAUCAGCUGUGCGCAAUGCGGCAGUGUGCUAGGAUGGAAAUACGUCGCUGCCGAAGAAGAGUCCCAGCAGUACAAAGUCGGCAAGUUCAUUCUUGAGACCAGAAGGACUUGUCGGAGCAGUGGCUGGGAGGGUCAACCAGACACUGUGGUAGAAGCUGGAGGUGUCGCUGCAAAGAGUCAGUCUGGAGCGCUGGAUGAUGUCGAAUUCGACAGCCAGGACGAGGAUGAAUGCGAGGAUCUAUUCAUGGGUAUAUGGACUCCUCAGACCGCAGCGAGAAGACGCAAGAAGAAGAACUUCUCGAAGCAGAGUAGUUGA